AUGAAUUAUUAAUCAAGAAGACAAUUAAAUAUAUAGGUUUUGAAACUAGCAAUUGCUACAUAAAAAUGGUAUUCCUUUGCGAUACAAACAUAAUCCGUACCGUACUGGGUACAAACUAGUAAUCAGCGGAGACUUUCUAAUACACGCUUUUUGCUCAGUUUUUAGAUGCUUCGAGUAUUUUAAAAGGGAACUCUGAAAGUUGAGUUUAGUUCUCAUCUCUUACAUCUUUCUACUUGUCAAAAUUGAUAUCCUACAACAGCUAAUUGUGUUUUCACGUAACUAUAAAAUUCCGAUAUCUGCUUCUAUAAUUACUAUCCGCGGGGAAUGCUGAUGUCUCUGGGAAAAAAUUGAAAUAUAACAUACUGAUUUUGCAACAAUGAUGACUGACAGAGAAAAACCCUUACGAGUAUUGUUGGUGGACUGUUAUGAUUCUUACACCUUUAAUGUUCAUGAUUUAAUUCAGCGUGCUUCUAAUGAAUGUUCCAUUACCACUGUACAUUGGGAUACAGGUGGUCUUGAUCUGUGGGACAGUCUUUACUUUUUUGACGCCAUCUUUAUAGGACCUGGCCCCGGGAGCCCGUCAGAGUAUGCUUCUGUCCUUGAUAAAGUGUGGCAUUCUGAUAUACCGACACUAGGAAUUUGCUUGGGAUUCCAAUCUCUUGCUCUGCAUUAUGGAUGUUCAGUGGACAAAAUGCUUACACUUCCUUGGCACGGAAGGAUUUCCAACAUAUUGACCACGAACGAUUCAAUUUUCCAGGAUUUGCCCUCGGUCAAGGGCAUGAGAUAUCAUAGUUUGUGUGUUGAUUCCAUCCCUACUGGUGCUCUUCGAGUCCUUGCAAAGUCAGUAGAAGACCAAAUCAUUAUGGCAAUUGAGGCAAUAGAAAAGCCUCAUUAUGGGAUUCUUUACCAUCCAGAAAGCGUUGGCUCAUCUGAUGCCGUUAGCAUUGUGCAGAAUUUUCUUAAUAUUGUCCGGAAGUUUCGAACGAAAAAGCCCACUUCAUCUUCAACCUAUACAAAUUUUGAUGCACUAGACAUCCAGCCAUCACCAUUCAUUAAAAAUCCAAAAACACCCUCACUACGGAUUCAUAGUCAGGAAAUACCAUGGGUUGAUCCUCUAACGGCUGUCGAAUAUCUCAACAAUGCAAACAAGCCCGUCUGUUUUUUGGAUUCAGCUAAAAACCCAGGAAAGUUUUCGAUUAUUGGCUUUUUCGAGGGGCCCUUAGCUCAUUUUAUCCAUUAUAAAAAAUCGGUAAAUACUACUUUUAUAGUUAAUUGUCAGAAUAACCUCGAGAAAGAAUACAAAGGAGAUUUUUGGGAAAGUGUUGCAAAGUUUAUGGAAGAGCAUAAAGCUUUUCCUAUUGAAUCCGCUUUACCAUUCCAUUGCGGAAUUAUUGGAGCAAUUGGUUACGAAUGCAGCGAAUACUCUUCUAGGUCAAUAGCAGAAACAUCAUUGUUUCCUCAAAGCCACAAAAAUAAUAAAAGAAAUUAUGUUGAUGCCGAACUUGCUUUCGUCGAUAGGUCAAUUGUGUUUGACCUCGAAAAAGAAAAAGCUUAUGUUCAAACACUACUUCCUUCAGAUGAUUCAAUACGUAUCUGGUGGGAAGAUUUGCUCUUCGACCUUCAGAACUUUCAAAAAAAUAAGAUUAAAACAUAUAGUUUUGGAUCGGUAAAUAAAAUACCGACUGAGCAAGAAUAUUGCAACCAUGUACAGAAAUGUCAACAAAGAUUACUGGCCGGUGAUUCCUAUGAAAUGUGUUUAACAGAUACUACAUUUGUAUCAGCCCAUCCAAAUAUGUCUGAUUAUGACUUGUACUUACGUGCCCGUUUUCAUAACCCUGCAUCGUUUGCCGGUUUUCUUCGUUUUCCUCAUUUAACAUUACUAUGCUGUUCACCGGAAAGGUUUAUGAAAUUUAAGGACUCAACAUGUCAUUUUUCUCCUAUCAAGGGUACUCUAAGAAAAGAUCUGCAAAUGACCUAUGAAGAAGCAAGAAGCAAAUUAUUAAAUCCCAAGGAUACAGCAGAGUUAAAUAUGAUUAUAGAUCUUAUUCGAAAUGAUUUGCAUCAAUUGGCGAAGAAAAAUUCAGUUGAAGUUCCCCAACUUUAUCAAGUUGAGGAGCAUCCUACUGUUUAUUCUCUUUUAUCGCAUAUCUACGGUCAAGUAGACAAACCUAUCACCGCAUGGGAUGUUUUAGCUAAGUGCUUCCCUCCAGGAUCCAUGACAGGUGCUCCUAAGCUAAGGACUGUUCGAAUGCUUGAGGACUUGGAGCCUCAUGGCCGUGGUAUAUAUUCUGGAACAUUAGGAUAUUGGGAUGUUAGCGGUUCCUCGGAAUUCAACGUUAUAAUCCGAUCAGCCUUUAAAUACACUGAAGACAAUCUAUGGAGAAUUGGCGCUGGUGGUGCCGUAACUGUUUUAAGUACGUCGUUAGGUGAAUAUGAAGAAAUGCUGUUAAAAGCUAACAGCAUUCUGCCUGCGUUUUGUAAAAUUGAUCUUGAACAGAAAAAGACAUAAUGAUAAAGUGAUUAAAGUGCAGUUUAAUAGAUAUUUAAAUAGAAUUAGGGGUGACGGUAAGAAACAGCGAAUGUAAAAGUAAUAGUAUAUAGACUUUCCUGUUUGCGAUGUCCUUAAUUAGUUGAAGAGAGGCUUAG